AUGGGAUGCGUAAAAUCAAAUGGAAAUAAAAAAGUAAUGAAUUUGAAUUCUAUAUACAGUUAGAAGACAUGAAACAAGGUUUUGUUAUCAGAAUUCUGCAUCCUGAUAAUAGGACUGAGAAGCAGUAUAAAUACUUUGAUGAGAAAUAGAAGAGUGAUCUUAUUAUGAAUGUUAUGAAUGGAAUAUGUUUCAGUGAAAAAGUAUCUGACAAAUGUGAUGGUAAUUUUAUCUCAGUUUAUGAUCCUGCUGAUGAUCGGUUUCACUAUUACAUUUAAAAAUUAGAUGGUACUGCUUAGAAUUCUAAAAGUACUAGGAAUAGAAAUUGAUAACCCGAAUGAACCUUUGAAAGGAAGGAUUUGGGUACCAUAUAUCAAUGAAAAGAAAUCAGAUUGGGAUAUGUUAGUAGAAAAUAACACAAGAAUAUCAAUAAGUGAUCACUUGUUAUGGAAGUUAGAAGUUGUCAAAAAGUGA